GGGAUAUUCCUGUCGUACUUCGCCGGAAAGGAGAGAGAAUACCCGCAUGUCAAGAACGUGUCGGCGCAGUCAUGGGCGUUUAAGGCCACAGCCAUGAUAGUGAACGCCGGGUCGGAAGAGCUCAAGGGAUGGAAGAUGUUCAUAGGGUUCCAGCACCGGGAGAUUUUGGUGUCAGCUAAUGGAGCUGUUGCCGCCGAUGCUGGUGAUUUACCGGUCUCCGUCGGUAAUGGUACGACAUUUACCGGUUACCCUCAGAGUGAUCUGAAGACCGCCAUUGAUACCGCCGGGGACUUUACUCAGAUCUCCGCAACUGUUGAGAUUACUGGUACGCUUUUUGGGGUUAAGCCGUCUGUCACGCCUAUGCCCAGAACUAUUAAGCUGUCGAAUGAUGGAUAUCAGUGUCCUGCUCCCAAGAGACAUGGAGGCAACAUGCACGUAUGUUGCAAGAAGAACCCUAAACUCAAAACAAAACCGGUGCCAAAAACAAAGUUCCUGCCUCGACAAUACGGCGAUCUGAACAUGGUCUACGACAUCCUCCAAACCUACGGCGGCAACUACCUCGCGCAGGUCACCAUAGACAACAACAAUCCAUUAGGCCGUCUUGACCAUUGGAAUCUCACAUGGGAAUGGAUGCGAGGAGAGUUCAUUUCCACCAUGAGAGGAGCUUAUACCCACCGGAAAGACCCUUCCGAAUGCCUUUAUGGAAAAGCCGGCCAAUUCUACAAAGACUUAGACUUUUCUCAAAUCAUGAAUUGUGAGAAGAAACCCACCAUCUACGAUCUCCCUGCCGAUCGAGAAAACGACGAUAAGAUUGGCAAAUUACCUUACUGUUGUAAAAACGGCACUUUGCUUCCAACCCAGAUGGAUCCAUGGAAAUCCAGGUCAAUUUUCCAGUUACAGGUUUACAAGCUCCCUCCUGAUAUGAACAGAACUGCUUUUUACCCUCCACAGAAAUGGAAAAUCGACGGCGUAUUGAAUCCACAGUACAAAUGUGGCCCGCCGAUUAGGGUCGACCCGACUCCAUUUCCUGAUCCGUCUGGUCUUCAAGCUACCUCCUUUGCAGUCGCGACCUGGCAAGUUGUCUGUAACAUUACAAAACCUAAAGAAAAAGCUGCAAGAUGCUGCGUCUCCUUCUCCGCCUAUUACAACGAUUCCGCCAUUCCCUGCAACUCCUGCGCCUGUGGGUGCAAUGAAGAUCAAACUGACACCUGCAACGCUAAUGCCAACCCGAUGCUUCUUCCUCCUGAUGCUCUUCUUGUUCCUUUCGCAAACAGGACGUUAAAAGCUAGAGCUUGGGCGAAACAGAAACACAGACCUAUCCCUAAGAAACUGCCAUGUCCUGAUAAUUGUGGAGUUAGCAUAAACUGGCACGUCAACUCUGAUUACAACAAUGGAUGGACAGCUCGUGUCACCAUCUUUAACUGGAAGGAUGUCCCAUUUGAGGACUGGUUUACAGCAAUCGACGUGGGUAAAGCUGGUCUUGGUUAUGAAAAUGUUUACUCCUUUAAUGGAACCAGAAUAGGGAAGAAUAAUCAGACCAUCUUCUUCCAAGGAUUGAAGGGGUUGAACUACUUGGCGGGUCAGGUUAAUGGCACUGACCCGAAAAAGGACCCGCCGGUUCCGGGAAAGCAGCAGUCUGUGAUUUCUUUCACUAAGAAGAACAUACGGGGCCUGAAUAUCAUCGGCGGCGAUGGUUUCCCCAAAAGAGUAUUCUUUAAUGGCGAAGAAUGUGCUCUGCCAAAGCAUUUUCCUAAGAAAAACGCAGGCCAUAAAUCAAGCUUCACCUUCUUGUCUGCUAUCUUCGUCGCCACUCUUACUUUCCUGCUAAUCACAGAUUACUUCCACUUAUAA